UGGAUUGUAAGUUCAACCAGUCUCGGCACCGCAAGAGAAAAGUUAAAAGGUGAUAUCUUCAUAAACAAAGUCCUACCAAAUGGCAGAGGCAAAAGAUUCAGAAUCUACCGAUCGGGAUGCAACUCGCUUUCCGAAGCAGACUGCAUUCAAUUUGGGCGAUGUUGUCACCGGAAACGUGAAAAUCUUGUCCGAGACCGAAAAGGAGCGUCUCGAGCAGCAGAACAAGCGCAUGGUGACGCCAUUCCAGGCGCAAAAGUUAGAGCAAGAAGCCCGGAAGCACUGGGAUUUGUUCUACAAGCGGAACGAAAAUCGUUUCUUCAAGGACAGACACUGGACCACGCGGGAAUUCGCUGAAUUGCUGUCGUCUGAUAGUGGUCCAGAAGCGUCGGAAAAUGUUAAAGAAGCGAAGCAGCUCGAUUCAGAUGAAUCGAAAUCCUUGCUGGAAGUAGGAUGCGGUGUAGGAAAUUUGAUUUUCCCAUUGAUCGAAGACGGCCACCGCGACUAUUUCAUAUACGCCUGCGAUUUAUCACCACGUGCGGUGGAUCUGGUGCGGCAACAUAACCUCUACGACGAACAGUACAUGAAGGCAUUCCCAUGUGACAUCACCACUGAGGAGGUAUUUACGACGCUGCCCGCAGGUAGUCUCGAUAUUGUGACGCUCAUCUUCGUACUGUCGGCGAUCCAUCCGGAAAAGUUUCGGUCGGUGGCAGGCAACAUUUAUCGGCUUUUAAAGCCCGGUGGCGUUCUACUGUUCCGUGACUAUGGAUUGUACGAUAUGGCGCAGUUGCGGUUUAAACCGGGACACAAGAUAGCGGAAAACUUCUACAUGCGGCAGGAUGGUACUCGAAGCUAUUACUUUGCCGAAAGGGAAGUGGCUGAACUGUUCCAGGAGGUCGGGUUUACCGUGUUAGUGAACAGCUACAUCCACCGCCGGACGAUCAAUCCCAAGGAGAACAUCGACGUCCCAAGAAUCUUCGUGCAGGGAAAGUUUCAGAAGCCCAACAUCUAAAAUCUAUUAUCUGAUCUAUUAGAUGGAAGGCGAUCGUCUUCUUCUUUUAUGGCGUAACGACCGACUG